GAGGCCCCAGCUCAGAUGGGCGGCCGGGGUGGGGGUGGUAAUUCAAGGUUUGCACAAUCCACUGCUCAAUCCACACGUCUAACCCUGCUUUUUUGCUGGUUAUUUUGGAGAAGAGGAUCUGGUUGGAGUUCUUUUGAGCAAGAAUCACACCAUGCUUCUGUCAAGUUCCCACUUAAAAGGUUGACAUUCCUGCAUAGACAUAUCCCUGUUACAAUGUCUUUGCCUCUUACUGAGGAACAGAAGAAGAAGAUUGAAGAGAAUCGACAGAAGGCUCUUGCUCGUAGAGCUGAGAAGUUAUUAGCAGAACAGCCUUCAAGCCAAGGCUCUGGAUCCUCCAUUGCUACCAACCCUUCUCUGCCCAAGCAAGGCCCUUCUCAGAAUCUCCUGAGGGAGCCUUCUAAGCCAGUGGGCCAUGGUGUCACUGUUAAACAACAGAAUCUCAGCAACUCAUUUCAUGAUGACCAAAGACUUCAUAAUUCCCACCAUUUCCAGCCCAGCACAUCAAACCAGGCUGAGAGGACAUGGAAGAGCCAAGAAGAGAGAUCCGUAGCCUGUCCUAGCCGCAGCCCACCAAGUCAAACAACUCUUAGUAGGCUCUCUCCCCCCUUGGCACAAAGUCCUCCCAACAUCCUUAACCAACAGCUCUUGGGCUAUAAGUUAGGUCAAAGUCAUACUCAGGUUUCAGAUAAAAUCAAAUCAACACCUGUGACUAAUACAACUCAUAAGCCUUUGGCCAAAGCAAAGAAUUCCCAGGAAACUCCUGCUUCUUCCUCUGGACCACUUCCUAGAGAUCCUGAAUUUGAGGUCAAGACUGUAAAACCAUCCACAUCUGGGCAGAGCAUUUUUGACACUCAUAAUAACUCAGGGGGUGUGACGUCCAAGAUAAAAGGAAAAUUUCAAGAGAAAUUGAGAGCCUCAGUCCAAAACCCAGUAAGCUGUCAGAAGGGGGUAUGCAUCAAGAAUGGAGAUCGCUUCAUGGUGAAGAUUGGCUACAACAAGGAACUCAUUGCAGUGUUUAAGAGUCUGCCCAGCAGACGUUAUGAUCCAGAUACGAAAACAUGGGAUUUCAGCCUGACAGACUACAAUGCCCUGAUGGAAGCAGCUAAACUUCUCCCCACAGUCACACUCCAGCCAUUGGAAGAGGUUGAUGUCAGCAGUCGAAGACAGACCAAUUUGCCUGUAGCUCCAUCCCUGGCCUUUGUCAAAGGAAGAUGCAUACUCAUUUCCCGGGCCCGCUUUGAGGUAGACAUCGGCUAUUCAGAGGAACUCAUUGGGCUGUUUAAGCAGAUGGAUUCCAGACAGUAUGAUGUCAAGACCAGGAAGUGGAGCUUUCUCUUGGAAGAGUACAAUAAACUAAUUGCAGAGGUGCGCUGCCUCCCACAGGUUCAGCUGGAGCCUCUGCCCAAGACUGUCACCCUGGCAUUUGCUUCUCAGCUGGAGAAGACAUCUCUCCAUCUCACAGCAGACAUCCCCGAGGCCGACCUUUCUGGAGUGGAUGCCAAGCUCGUGUCUAAUCUGAUGCCCUUUCAGAGAGCUGGAGUUAAUUUUGCUAUAGCCAAAAGAGGCCGCCUGCUGCUUGCCGAUGACAUGGGCCUAGGGAAGACCAUCCAAGCUAUCUGCAUAGCGGCCUUUUACCGGAAGGAGUGGCCGCUUCUUGUGGUGGUGCCUUCCUCUGUGCGCUUCACCUGGGAACAGGCCUUCCUUCAGUGGCUGCCAUCUCUGAACCCAGAGGAUAUCAAUGUGGUGGUGACCAGAAAGGGUCGCCUGACAGCCGGCUUGGUCAACAUUAUCAGUUUUGACCUUCUUAGCAAGUUGGAAAAACAGCUGAAAACCUCUUUCAAAGUUGUUAUUAUUGAUGAAUCGCACUUCCUCAAAAAUAGCAAGACCGCACGCUGUCGAGCAGCUGUUCCCAUCCUAAAGGUUGCCAAGAGAGUGAUCUUACUAUCAGGCACGCCAGCCAUGUCCCGGCCCUCAGAGCUCUACACGCAGAUCGUCGCUGUCAAGCCGACAUUCUUCCCUCAGUUUCAUGCCUUUGGACUUCGCUACUGUGAUGCCAAACGGCUAUCCUGGGGCUGGGACUACUCGGGCUCCUCCAACCUGGGAGAGCUGAAGCUCCUGCUGGAGGAAGCCAUCAUGCUGCGCCGCCUCAAAUCUGACGUCCUUUCCCAACUGCCUGCCAAACAGCGCAAGAUGGUAGUAGUUGCCCCAGGACGGAUCAGCGCCAGGGCCAGGGCUGCCCUGGAUGCAGCAGCCAAGGAAAUGACCACUGACAAAACUAAACAGCAGCAGAAAGAAGCCCUCAUUGUCUUCUUCAACAGAACUGCUGAAGCCAAAGUCCCAUGUGUCAUUGAAUAUAUCCUAGACCUUCUGGAAAGUGGAAGAGAGAAGUUUCUAGUGUUUGCACAUCAUAAGGUGGUUCUGGAUGCAGUUACAAAUGAACUUGAGAGAAAGCCUCUGGCACCACAGCAUUGUAGCCGGCCUGAGUUUCCCCUGUCCCUGCAGCACGUACAGCACAUCCGCAUCGAUGGCUCCACACCCUCAGCCAACCGAGAAGAGCUGUGCCAGCGGUUCCAGCUGUCUGAGGGACACUCAGUUGCAGUGCUGUCCAUCACUGCCGCCAACAUGGGCCUCACUUUCUCCUCAGCUGACCUAGUGGUGUUUGCCGAGCUCUUUUGGAACCCAGGGGUGCUGAUCCAGGCCGAGGACCGAGUGCACCGCAUUGGACAGACAAGCUCCGUGGGCAUUCACUACCUGGUUGCAAAAGGCACAGCGGAUGACUACCUUUGGCCCUUGAUUCAAGAGAAGAUUAAAGUUCUAGGAGAAGCUGGCCUUUCCGAGACCAAUUUCUCAGAAGUGACAGAAGCCACUGAUUACUUCUACAAGGACCCGAAGCAGCAGACAAUCUAUGACUUAUUCCAGAAGUCAUUCGAGGAAGAUGGAAGUGACUUAGAGCUCCUGGAGGCAGCAGAGUCCUUUGACCCAGGAAGUACUUCAACAACCUCUGGAAGUGGUUCUCUGGGAGAUACUCUGGAUGAAAACACAUUGGCAGCCAGUCCACCAAAGAAAGGGAAAUUUGAAUUUUUUGAUAACUGGGACAGCUUUACUUCUCCUUUCUAAGAGGAUGCAGGGAAAAAAAGGAGGGGCAAUUAAAAAUCAUGGGAUUUAUUCAAAGAAAAUAAGAAACUUUGAUUAUAAUGCCUGUUCCUUUUGUCAUGCAGCAGUAUCUGGGUCUGUCCUCAAGCCCAGUGGUAUACCAGCAUUUCCAGUCUCAUGUUCCUAAGUGGGGACUUGCUUGGGGGCUUAAUUAACCUUAGAAAAGGAGAGUGGUUUAUAAUUUUGGUAAUUCACAUUCUUUAAAUAAUGAAGUGCUCCCUACACAACCUCCAAUACCUACAUCUUAAGAAUUUAAUGACUAUAUGUAUAGAGCACCUAAUUUGUGCCAGAUAGUGCCUAAGUACUGAUAAUAACUCAUUGUA